CAAGAGAGCAAGAGAGCAAGAGAGCGAGAGAGAGAGAGCAUCCAGUCUCCCAAAUCCCCUCCAAUGGCUUCGACUCCUCUUCCUCUCCUCAUAGCCUCCGUCUUCCUGAGCUUCGUCGCCAUUGGAGCCAACGCAAGGCCAGGCAUUCACUUCCACCCUUGCAAUACCAUUAUCAUCUCCUACACCAUAUCCUCCAUCAAAUCCCCACACUUAGAAAACCCUAGUGGCCGAAACCCCUCUGGUUUCUUAACCAUCUUCAGCGAAAUCAGGGAAUUCAACCCAAGAAUAAUCGAAUUCAUUGCUCAAGAUGAUCGCCCCGUUCUUCCCCUUCCGAUUCAAUAUUCCUACCGUGAAGAUGCCGUGAAGCCUGACGUCGAUCGUCCUCCAUACCCAUUUGGUUCUUUCGGUAUUACUUCCCUUCGUGAGCGAACCAAGGACAUUCUUAGCGUUGUAGCUUCUUUACUUUUUGGUGUCGGCUGUGGUGCUUUGACUUCUGCAACUAUGUACUUGGUUUGGUCUCUUAUCACCAAUAGGUUUGAAUUCAAUGAUUCUGACCGUGAAGGUGAAGAUGGUGAUGACAGUGAUUGUUUCUGCGACGAUGACAUGAAGAAGAUGGGAUACGUUAAGAUCCCUGACGACCCAGUUGCUGCUCCGGCCAAAGAAGUGGUAUGAGGGGUGGAUGAAUUAGUGUUUUAUGUGAGUUAAAUGUGAUGUGUAAAUAUUUCUAUUUGACCUUUCAUAUGUGCAAUUGUGGACUAUUAUUGUGGAGCUGUCUAUCUGUGGAUCUCUGACUACUCAUUAUGUGAUACUAUAUGUGAAUCUAAUGUGUUGAAUUGGCCACGUUCUUAUA